AUGACCGUCCUCACCUCACCUCUGGCCAGCUAUAAUGUGGCCAACAAGCUGUACAAAGCCACUCUGCUCAACACCGUCUGCCUGGUGGCCGGACUGUCAAUCUUCUUCUUCGGUUAUGACCAGGGAUUAAUGGGCGGCGUCAACACGACGCGUGACUAUGCCGAGCGCAUGGGCUUCGGCCACUGGGACGAAGACCAGAACAUUGUCGUCGUCGAUAAACCCCUUCUGCAAGGCGGUAUCGUGGCCGUCUACUAUCUCCCUGGAACGCUUUGCGGCUGUUUGCUCGGUGGAUGGCUUGGUGAUCGAUAUGGCCGUAUCAAGACAAUCGCCAUUGCCUCUGCGUGGAGUGUUUGCGCAGCUGCCCUGCAAGCGUCAGCGAUGAAUGCGAACUGGAUGUUUUGCGCCCGCGUACUGAACGGCGUCGGCACUGGAAUCCUGAACGCAAUCACGCCUGUGUGGGCAACUGAGACUGCUGCUCACACUUCUCGAGGCCAAUUCGUCUCAAUCGAGUUUACCCUAAAUAUCCUCGGUGUCGUUGUGGCCUACUGGCUGGAAUUUGGCACGUCAAAAUAUCACGACAACACAUCUUCCUUCAUCUGGAGAUUCCCCGUCGCCUUCCAGAUUCUUCCUCUCAUCCUUCUUUUCAUCAUCAUCUGGAUCAUGCCCGAAUCACCCCGCUGGCUCGUCAAAGUGGGCCGCGAAGAGGAGGCUCGCUUCAUCCUUGGUCGUCUCCGUGGUGAUGAGGGUGAGGACCGUCUCAAAGCGGAGGCAGAGUACAACGAUAUCAUCAACAUCCACAAGCUGGAAGUAGAUACCGCCAAGCAGCAGAGCUACCUCUCCAUGUUCUUCGGUAUCGGCUCUGGCAAGUUACAUACUGGCCGGCGUGUCCAGCUUGUCAUCUGGCUCCAAAUCUUGCAGGAGUGGAUUGGUAUUGCGGGAAUCACCAUCUACGGCCCUGAGAUCUUUACGAUUGCCGGCAUCAGCUCAAAGGACAGAUUGUGGGUCAGCGGCAUUAACAAUAUCACAUACAUGUUCGCCACUUUGAUCUGCGUCUUCACCAUCGAUCGCAUCGGUCGUCGUUGGACGCUAUACUGGGGAGCCGUUGGUCAGGGUGUUUGCAUGUUCGUCGCCGGUGGUCUCGCUCGAGCAACCAUCAAUGCGCAAGGCGAAGCCAGCCAAAGCCACAUUGGCGGUGCUGCAACAUUCUUCGUGUUCCUCUACACAGCAAUCUUCGGUGCCACGUGGCUUACAGUUCCCUGGCUGUAUCCGGCCGAGAUCUUCCCUCUGCAAGUCCGAGCCAAGGGAAACGCCUGGGGUGUCGUUGGCUGGUCCAUUGGCAACGGCUGGUGUGUGCUUCUGCUUCCUACCAUCUUCAAGGCACUCAACGAAAAGACACUAUACAUUUUUGGCGCCGUCAAUGCCCUAUCCAUCGUCGUCGUGUGGGCUCUGUAUCCCGAGUCCAACCAGCGAACAUUAGAGGAGAUGGACCUUGUCUUUGCUAGCGACAGCAUCUGGGCCUGGGAGGCUGAGCGAAACUUUGCCAAACUCAAAGCUGAGAACCCUGAUCUUGUUCAGGGCUCAACAAACCACGGAGUUGUAGACAUUGAGCAAGUUGCCGAACCAAAGGAGUAG